UCGGAUGACAAUGGGCUUGAUGAAGUUCAUGUCAGUCAAGACUUGAGUCUGGAAAAUGAGGAUGAGGAAGACUGGGCAACUUUGGAAGAAUCGGCCGACUCCACAGACACCGAAGAUGAUGGAAAUCAGUUUGUUUCAAGAAAUCUUGUAAGUGUUAGACCUGGGACGAGAGUUGCUGAAGAGCCCAAGUUUGUGGUUUUCUAUGGCAUGUUGUUGGCAAUUUUCAAAACUUUCUGUUUCCGAUGCAAAGCUGACAAUCCUUCUGUUGAGGUACAUCGCACUGGAACAAUGGCAACUGUUGUGCAGAAAUGUAGGCAGUGCAGAAUGCAUUUCCAGUGGAAAAGUCAGCCAUCACUCUUUGGAAAAUAUCCUGCAGGCAAUGUAAUGCUGAGUUUUGGCAUCUUGACAUCGGGUGUGAGAAUAAGCCAGGCUUUGUUGAUGUUUAGACACAUGGGGCUGUCAGCCAUAUCUGGACGGACCUUUUUUUAUCAUCAGAAAAAAUUCCUCUUCCCAUCUGUGCUCCAUCAUUGGGAAAGCUAUCGCUCAUCACUGCUUGAAAAAUUGAGAGGGGUCAAGAAUGCACAAUGGUCUGGAGAUGGAAGGUUUGAUUCUAUGGGUCACAAUGCUAAAUAUGGUGUCUACACAUUGUUUUCCAAUUCCAUCUCCAAACUGGUCCAUUUUGAACUGCUUCAGGCAAAUGAAUCAGGGUCAAGUAACGCAAUGGAACUUGAUGGAGCCAAACGUUGCUUUCAGUACAUAAAGAAUGCUGGUUUGACAAUCACAACAUUCAUAAGUGAUCGACACAAAGGAAUCGCAAAGUGGAUUCGUGAAUCACAGCCUGAAACCUCCCAUUUCAAUGAUUUGUGGCAUGUCUGCAAAGGUCUCACAAAGAAAAUCUUGAAAGGCAGCAAAGAAAAAGGCUUUGAAGUACUAAAAUUAUGGCUCAAGGGAAUACGUAAGCAUCUUUAUUGGUGUGCCCUUUCUACCAAGCAAGGCUUUGGUGAGUUGAUUGUUGCAAAGUGGAGAUCCUUGAUGCGUCAUAUUGCAAACAAACAUGAUGAACAUCCGAGUCUGUUAUACAACAAGUGUGCACAUGUUGAACUUGAACCACGUGAAUGGAUUCCAAUCGGUACACCUGCAUAUGACAAAUUACUCAAGAUUCUUUGCAACACAACCACUUUAAAAGAUGUCCAGAGUCUAUCAUGUGAUGCCCAGACAAGCUGCCUGGAAGGCUUUCAUUCAACGUUAAAUCACUGGCACCCAAAAAUGGUUCACUUUUCUUGGCUUGGUACAUACUGCAGACAUGUUUUGGCUAUUUCUCAUUUUAACGAGAAUCUCAAUCGUGAAGCACGAACAGCAUUAGAUGGAUCAGUAUGCUACUCAGUUGUUUACCCAAAAUUCAAACUUGGGGAAGAAGUUGUCAGAGAAGUUGCCAUACCCCCUACAUAUGCAUAUGUGGACAAUAUAAGAAAUGUUUUGUUCAGCACGCCCUUGGAGGAGCUUGGGAGUGUCCUGGACAAGUACACACGGAAAGUGCCAGAGCCUUUAACUGCUCAGUUCCCAAACAGACGUCAAAAGAAUGAUGCCAUCUCUGAAUAUAUUUUAAAGCAGAGCACUACUACACCAAUGUACCCUACAGAAAAUGAACAAGAAUCCUUGCAAUUAAGCCUAAUGAAACCAGCUGUAUUGGCUGAAAGCACAAGAAAAAGGAAGACCAACCGCUGCUGCAAAAAAUGUGGGAAACCAACAAAGGGGCAUAAACGUGGAAAGUGUGACUGA